GCUAAGAAAAUAAAAAUGUCUGUUGCGCAAAAUCAAGAUGGCGGAAAAUUUAAUGGAUUUUUCGCUUCCGAGCAAAAAUAUUUGCAAAAUCUUAAAAUUGAAGGUUAAACCGAAAGCCACAAUUACAAAAGGAUCUGUCAUUGCAACCUAUAUACUUCACACCAACAGGGAUGGUGACUAUGAUGACAACGAAACGCUUAAAUUCAAGUCGGAGCACUUCGGGACGGUCGAGGAGUUGCUUGUCAGCGAGGGAGAUGUUGUCCAUCCGGGGACCGCCAUUAUGAAGGUUGCUAGCUGUUCCCAUCCCACUGUCAUGAAGGACAUGUGUGCUGAAUGCGGAGCGGAUCUCAGAGAAGCACAAGGAUUGCCUGGACAGCGUCGCCAAGCAACCACAGCCUCUGUUGCCAUGGUUCACAGCAUUCCAGAGUUGCAAGUCAGCAAAGAGGAGGCGUAUGAGCUUGCCAAGUUGGACGAGCAGCGUCUGCUCAAGAACCGUAAACUGGUGCUAGUGGUUGAUCUGGACCAGACCAUCAUACACACCACAAUGGAUAAUGUUGCGCCAGACCUGCCUGGAGUAUGCCACUUCCAGCUGUGGGGUCAGGGUAGCCAACUUCCCUGGUACCACACCAAGAUGCGGCCAGGGUACCGGGCCUUCCUAGAGAAAGCCGCUACGCUCUACGAGCUGCACAUCUUCACCAUGGGAGCGCGGCUGUACGCCCACACCAUCGCCUCCUACCUGGACCCAGAAAAGAAGUACUUCUCUCACAGGAUACUGUCCAGGGAUGAGUGUUUUGAUCCCAACUCCAAGACUGCAAAUCUGAGGUCCAUUUUUCCUUGUGGGGACAACAUGGUGGUCAUCAUUGAUGAUCGAGAUGAUGUCUGGAACUACGCACCAAAUUUGAUUGUGGUCCCUCCCUACAAAUAUUUUGAAGGUACAGGCGACAUCAACGCCCCUCCUGGUGUACCAGGGAAGGACUUUAAGUCUCCAAUGGAUCCCAGAAAACAAACUGAGAAGGAGGUUGAGGAGUCGGCCAAGGAGUCCGAGGUUGAAGAGUCUGAUGCAGCACAGACGAAGGAUUCUUCAGAUGCGGAAAAACGAACUGUCAAAGAUGAUACUGUGUCCUCCUCAGUCGACAAAGAGAUUACCACAGGAGGGGAACCUACGCCAGAUGAACAAUCUAAAGAGGCAAUCGAGCCCAUGGACAAUAGUGAGCCCAAAAUUCAGAAGUCUAACGCGGACAGCACUCAGGAAAAUGGAGACCAGAAGUCAGGAGAGACUGUGAAGAAGCCAAUCGAAGAGGAAAGUAAUGACAGUGAUGAUUAUUUUCUCUACUUGGAAGACAUACUUGAGCGUAUCCAUAAGGAGUUUUACGAUGCCUAUGAUCACCUGCAGAAGAACCCUCAGCACGAGAACAAACCUUCCAUUCCAGAUUUAAAAAUAAUUUUGCUGGCCCUGAAGCAGAAAGUGCUGGCCGGUGUAAACCUUGUUUUCAGCGGAGUCUUCCCAACAAACAUGAACCCAGAGCAGAGCAAAGCUUGGAAAGUUGCCACGGCACUUGGAGCUCGCAUCAGCCCGAACAUCAUCUGCAGAGCGAAGGGAUCAUCGACCCCAAUCAAUGCAACCACACACCUCAUUGCAGCCAAAGCUGGCACAUCCAAGGUUCACACUGCACAGCGAGCCAAGAACAUCCACAUCGUCACGCCGGAUUGGCUCUGGUGUUGCUGGGAGAGGUGGCAGCAUGUGGAUGAACGUCUCUUCAAACUCUUUCCCGGGCACGUCCGCUUGGGCAUUGGCUCCAAAUCAAGCAGCCGUGCAAGCACACCGGGUACCAGCGAUAGCGAAACAGCCCGCCGACUGGCCCAAGACUCUCUCAAAAAAAAGAAGGCGGGGAAGUCCCGACCCCUUCCAGAUCGCGAGGAAGAUCAAAAGCGGAGGAAGCUCUCUCCCGACUCAAUGACAGAUGACCGAGGAAGUGAGGAGAUGGAAUCAGCUCCAGCAGGGAUCAAGACAAGGCAGCUAAGUCUAUCUGCGGAAUACAACCCAGUGUACAGUUUCUCCUCAGAGGAGCUGGAAAGCAUGGACAAAGAAGUGGAAGGUAUCUUCGAUGAGAGCAGCAGCAGCAGUAGCAGCAGCUUGGCAGAAGACGUCCGAAGCAACCAGGAGAGUCUUGGCAGCAUCACCCAGGCAGUCUCAACCUCCAGCGAUGACAGUCUCACUGCCGAGAACCCCAAAGGUUGGACCAAGAAGCCCAGGAGGCCAGACAGAGACAGCGACUCAGUGCAAGACUCACUGGAUAGUAGCUCGAGCGCUGGGCUGAGUGACUCGGAACCCAGCAGCAGCAACGAGGACAGGAUGGCAGCCGAGAUUGAUGACCUACUGACAUACAGUAAGAGUUGAAGCCUCAUGGAUACACACCGACACAAUACUGAUGCUGCAAUAUUUUCACUGUCAAUAGUCCUCAAACAGAAAUCUGAAAUCACCACUGCUUGGUAAUGCAAUUUAUUCAAUCUUGCAUAUCAAUGCAGAUUAAGCCCCGCCCCAAGAUCUCUUUUGACCAAUCACAACGUUAUUAAUGCCAGAUAGGUAUGACGCGCGGCUGGAACAUGCAGUGCACCAUUGGAGAUGUGCACGUGUUGGUGCCCAUGUGCGCAGCAGGGAGGGGUCAAUGAAUCGGUCUAUUGCAGUUUAAAAAGGGAUGUGAUGCUGGAAUUCCAAAAAGGAGCAUUAGACUAGCUGUUGGGUUCGAGACAUUUCAUAUCUUGGUCAGAAAGAGAGGACCUGCAGCAGUAUAUUCCCAAAUGUUGUUUUUCUGUAAAUAUGUAUGUUUUCAAGUGAUGUACAGAAGUGCUUGUUUGUGUGUGUGUAAAUUACCGUCAACUGAUAUGAAAGUAGUAUUGCAAUGAUGUCGUUGGUGCGAUGCAAGGGGAUAUUGUGUAGCAAGGGGAGUACUUGCUGCCCCCCCCCCCUCCCAAAAAAGGGGGAAUUGAAUGAAAUCGGCGCAAGCAAAUGUUAGAGCAGCUUUAGGAACAACCACAAAUCUACUAUGAAAAAAUCAACUCAAAUAUUGAAUGUAGUCCUUUUUAUGACAAAAAGUUACCAUGAUCUAUCAAAUGAUGUUUCAAUUUAACCCCCAAACCCCAUGAAAUUUGGAUCAUUUAUUGAUACAUAGUAGGAUGUGCAUUUAACUGGUGAAUUCUACAAAGGUGGCGAUUCGUAUAUAUUUUCAUUUGUUCUGUCCACCUCUCUGGAACUCCCUACCUGAAUCUUGUUCCCCUUCUUCCCACAAUCUUUCACAAUUCAAAAGUGCACAGAUAUCUCCUGUCACUAUGACUUUUUUGCAUUUUUGUUCUUACUAGUUUGUAGCCCACACCUUGAAUGGUUCAGGGCCUUGUGUUUGGGUGAUAGCCCCCCACCCCCACCCCGCCCCUCCAAAAAAGAAGAAAAUCUAAAGGAACAGAAUAUGGUAAUGGAUAUGAGACAUGUCAGUGAGGCAACAGAAGAAUGUUACUCUGUUUGGAAAGAAUGUUGCAUCCUGAUGCCACUUUUUUCAUCAUAUAGUAUCUCAAUGAAGGUCAUUCAUUGCAAAAAUGUUGAAAAGAUAUGAAUCUGGGACUGAGAAACAUUUCCAAUUUUGUUAGGAUAUACUUUAAUAAUGCACUCGACUCUCCAUAGACUUUGUACACAACUAAAGAAGUGGCGUCUGGAUACAACUUUCUUUCCAUCUUUUUUUCCUCUCAAACUCACAUACAUGGUUUUUAUGUGGGCUGAGGUAUCAGACCUAUUUGGACCUGUAUGUGGAUGGCCAUUGCCACUCUUUGUUCAGUUUUGUAUAUUUAAUACUUAAAAUAUUUUGUGUAAAAUUCAGGGUAUUACAAUGAUUUUAUUCACUAUUGUUCACUGACCUCUCUAAAAAAAUAAUUGAAUUGAAAAAAGUCUCAUUCUUAUUUUCGGAAGUGACUUUGCCUUUAUUUUCAAAUAAAAAAUCGAGUGAGUUAUA